AUGUACGUGGGGUGCGGGCGCUUAUCGAGAGCGCACUCGGCCCUGGAGUGGGGCGGGCGGCUGGGGGAGGCAGGGCUGGCUGCUGGCGCCUGGUGUGCCGCGGGGUCCCCGGUGCUGCCGCGGGUCGGCAUCCCCAUCACCCCAUGGGCUCGGGGGGCCCUGGUGUCCUCGAAGCCCCCCCUCGGUCGAUCGGCCUUCCCACGUAACGCCAGCCAAACUGGACACCGCGGUCCCACAAGAGACCGGCGCCCGCCCGCGUGCCACCUCCGGCCCGGCCCGGACUCGCCCGCCGCUGCCCUGCCCCACGCCGGCCCCGUGUCCCACGGGUCGGCCACGGGUGAAUGCCGCGAUGCUGCGACCAUCACCGACUUGUGCAGCGGCGAUAUCCCGGAGGUGGAAAUCAUCAGCCUGCUGGGUGAGCAGCUGCCCCGCUACACACUGCGGGCUGACACCGUCUUCCGCUACAACCUCACCUCACCCCCCAGCAGAUCGAGCCUGCAGUACGCGGAGUGUUUCCUGUGCGCUGAGCGGGUGGUCCGGAUCACGAAGACCUACCAUGACAUUGAUGCUGUCACCAACCUGCUGGAUGAGAAGGAGCGGGACCUGGAGCUGGCGGCGCGCAUCGGGCAGUCCCUGCUGAAGCAGAACCGGAGCCUGACCGAGCGCAAUGAGCUCCUGGAGGAGCAGCUGGAGUUGGCCAAAGAGGAGAUUGCGCAGCUGCGCCACGAGGUCUCCAUGCGGGAUGACCUGCUCCACUUCUACACCACCACAACAGAGGAGAGCGAGCCCACCUCUGCCACCGCCACGCCGCUGCGCAGGCACGAGUCCUCGCUGUCCCUGCAGCAGUACUUGCAGUAUGACACCUUGCAGCAGAAACUCAAGUGCCUGGAGGAGGAGAACCAGAAACUUCGCAUGGAGGCCACCAACAUCGCAACCGAGACCUGUCAGUACGAGGACCAGGAGCAGCAGCUGAUGAUUGACUGUGUGGAGCAGUUCUCUGAAGCAAGCCGGCAGGUCGUUUACCUCUCCGAUGAGCUGGCCCGCAAGGCGGAGGACACGGCACGGCAGCAGGAGGAGAUCAGCCAGCUCCUGGCGCAGGUUGUGGACCUGCAGCAGAAGUGCCGCAUGUAUGGCUCGGAGGUGGAAGAGCUCCAGCAGCACCUGGCCGUGGCAAAGGAGGUGCAGCAGCAGCUCCGGACGGAGCUGCGGGACCUGCAGGAGAAGUACUCAGAGUGCGGCGGGAUGCUGCAGGAAGCCCAGGAGGAGGUCAAGAACCUGCGCAGCCGAAGCCUGCCCAACAGCACCAUCAGCCGCUAUGGUGCACCCAGUCUCCUGCCCGUGGACUCACUGGCGGCUGAGAUCAAGGGGACAAUGAGGAAAGGGACAGACAGCUCCUCCUCGGACUACAAGAGCUAUCUGCGUGUCUUUGAGACGGUGAAAGCAGUGAACCAGGUCACCAAAGCCAAGUCUUGCGCCGAGUCUCCCCACAACAUGCCGGGCUCCAAGCAGUUGUCAGCUGCCCCCUCCGGGGGGGCCAGCACCCCCCGCACCAGCUGCUCCGGCUCGGAGGGUGCCCAGGGCGUGGAGGCCAGAGAGGAGCCCCGAGCGGCCCCGGGCCGGCAGGACCUGGAGGCGGCGGUGCAGCGGCUGUCGGCGCGGCAGCAGAGCCAUGCCUCGGAGGAGCGCUCCUUCUUCGAGGCGGAGAGGGAGCACAAGCUGUGGCGGCUGAGGGAUGGGGAGAGCUCCAGCGGCUUCCUCACCCCCAACGAGAGCAUCGUCUCCACUGGGACCAACUACUCAGGGGGCUCGGAGCUCACUGCUGGCUCUGGCUUCUCCCUCAGCUCCCUCACCUACCUGCCCGACAAGCUUCAGAUCGUGAAGCCCCUGGAAGGCUCUGUGACGCUCCACCACUGGCAGCAGCUGGCACGGCCCAACCUGGGUGGGAUCCUGGUGCCCCGUCCCGGGGUGCUCACCAAAGACUUCAGGCAGCUGGACAUUGACCUGGAGGAGGUCUACAGCCUCAACGACCUGGAGGAGGACGACGUGGAUGCCAGCUCCUUCCAGCUGCUCCCUACCUCAACGCCCGCCAAAGCCAAGGAGCGCCCUGGGGCCUAGCUUUCGCUCUCCCUGUUCCUCUCUGUUAACAACCUCCCCCAGACCCCGUCUACCUUCACCAUCACCACCUGCCACAUCCUCCACCCCACCACUGAGAUCACCACGGUGACAUCCAGCCUGUAUAACGCUGUCGUGCCUUCUUGUGGGCCCCUUGAGGGGCUGAGCCUCGGCAGUCCCUCGCCAGAGCUGUCUUCCCCUGUGCUGGUGCCUGGCCCCGGACCCCCGAGCACCCCCAUGGGACUCGUCAGGCUCUUGCUGGUGCGGGGCAUCUCUGCCUCGGUGCCAGGGACUGGGUCGUGGUGGGCCCCCCCGCUCCCCUCCCAGGACCCCCAGCAUGCUGAGACCUGGCCCUUGCCUGCGGGCGGGGGGCAGGACAGACCCCCACCCAGGAGCAGCAUCUUCAGCUUGAACCUGGUGGAGAAGCUGCGGCGCCUGGGGCUGGACAAGGUGGUGGCUAGAGGGGAGAUGUCCUACACCCGGGGAGAGCGCAGGGGAGCCAGGAGUGCGCUGACGUGA